GGUGAAGCUAAGGACAAAGGACAAUUGGGAAGGCAGCUCUGGCCUACAAAAGAGUCUGAAUUUUGAACUUCCUGAGAAGAGCAUCUGGGCUUAAACAUUCUUACCAGGACAUAUGUAUUGAUGAUAUUUUCCUAACGGAGACCUCAAAAGUAGCACAAAGGUAACAUUUGCCAUUCGAGGACAUCAGCUCGCAGGUUGUCCACUCUGUUACUUUUACCUCUUGGCAUAACAGCUCACUACUGUGAUCUGCCUUUUUAUUUGUACAGGUCUCUUUGCAAGGAAAUAGACCAGCAGCUGCAAUCAACUGCAGUCCUGUCACACCUUCAUGAUGUUUCCCUUGACCAGAAAUGCACUAAGAAGGUUCAAGAUUCGAAGCAUUCAACAAAUUUGGUCAAGACAAAGCCAUGAGAAACACUCAUCAGAUUUUCAUGACAAAUAUGGUAAUAUUGUUCUGGCCAGUGGAGCCACUUUCUGUGUUGUUGCGUGGGUGUUUACAGCCACACAGAUUGGAAUAGAAUGGAACCUGUCUCCUGUUGGCAGAGUCACCCCGGAAGAGUGGAAUGAUAAAUAACCAUUCAAGUUACUGUAACACAAAGUUGUUUCAAAAUUAUCUUGUCAUUUAAGCACUCUGCUUCUCAUUAAAAUAUAGCAUAAUUGAAGAAAUAAAAUACAUUUGAAACCUU